CGUUGCUGAUGAAUUCGGUUAUUAUAUCUUUCUGUUUAGAUGUAUGUCACGCCUCCAGAUACUGACGUGUAUGCGAUUCCAAAGGUUCUCGCACCGAUGCCUGAGAAGUAUAUCCGAUGUGCCCAAAGUGAUUACGGCUGCUACAAUGUGACAGAGCCACCGAUUGAUGCACCUAGAGAUCCCAUGUAUAAAUCGGAGAGGGAAGUCCUAAAGGUUUUCUUGACGAAACACUAUAGGAACCGUCGGUACGGUGAUCCAGAAUUUAUGCUAGAUUUUGAAGAGAUUUAUGUCAUUGACUCAAAAACCAGAUCAAUCUCGAGAGCAACAGUUAUGGUGACUGUUCCUGAUGGCAAAGACCGGGAUAGAAAAAAAGAUUUACUCGUUGUUCGUGAUAAAGGGAACACCUUCAAAAUAAUUUCUUCGGAAGAAAGAGACGACCCAACCACGGUCAUCGAGAAGGAAGACUGGAACAAAACACGGGAUGAAAUGGAGAAGCAUCUUAGAAAGCUUCGUGACUUCAGCGUCUCAAAUUGGUUCUAGACAGACAGUAUCUUGUGUAGGAAUUACUGUGAAAUCUAGGAGGGAUGAUGAAUACCAGCAGGUUCUUGUAGCAUCUUCGCCCCAUCCCUGCUGCAUGCUGAGCGGUAGAUCAGUUGCCGUCUGCCUGGCUAAGAUCAAAUAUGAAGAGCAGAAAUUUGGCUGAGUGAGGGGAGAUAUUCAGAAGAGGUGACAACAAAAUUCACUUGUAAUUUUGUUCCGUAGAACUGUUGUAGUUAAGUUUUGGUAGGGUGUAAUAUCUUUUGAGAAUUUGCUGGAUAUAAUGUUGUUUCAAAAUCAAGGAUAAUAUGUAGCUGAGAAAUUUUACAUGCAUUUAAAACUUAAAUUCUAGUGCUA